UGUUUAGACGAUGUUUUGUUUUAACUAACAAGUCAAAAUAUGAUCUUAUUGUCACAGAAAACAAACACUUCAUAUCCCACUGGAAUAGGACCAGAUGUGGACAACUUCACAUUCACAUGAAGCAAGUCCAUCUUCAAAGAUUUUCAGUUGCAUUGUUGAAUAAAUUCAGUAGAAAAAGCUGGUUUGAACUAUACGUAAAGGUAAGAGCUAAGAUUGCCCAGUAGCUGCCUUUUCUUUGUUAGAACUUGUAAUUUUGAUCUAGAAGGCUUGUUUACAACACGAUUUCCAAUUAGAUUACUGAUGAACACAAUGGGGGAGCUGUGACGGUUACUAUGUUUAUAAGCGUACGUGACUCUAUUCCUUACCUACUUUGCGUUCCCAAAAUUGCUGUUUUGCAAUUUUAAUUAUUGUUAUCCAGCAAAGGCGACAUAUGGUAUGAAAUUCUUUAAGGCUCGCCAGUCAGUUAUUUCUGUUUGGUCUAUUCUCUACCAAAGUUUCAGUUCAGUUGAAAAAUAUAUGCCAUGAAUUUGCCUAUGUGUCGGGAACACAAACAAAUAUUUAGUAUGCUUAAACAGAUUAGAACACUGACAAAACUUAUCGGUUGGUCGCUUAUCUAUGAACUAUCUGUGCGACACCUGCCAAAUGAUGGGAAAAUGAUUAAAAUAUGAUUAAAGGGGGUAAGUUUCUAAAAAAACUGUGGUGCUGCGUCUUUUAGGGUUUCUACAAGAUAACUUGGUUUUAUAUCAACUGAGUUUAUAGGGUGAGUUGGCUACCUUAGAGAGGAUCUAAGGCUUACCUUUCAAGAGAUUAGCCCUCCAUCACGGCGAGUCUGAUUCGCUCUGACGAAGGACUAAUGCUCGAAAUAUUUGCUCUAUAACCCGCCUGCAGUAGCCAAUUCACUUUAUCAAUUCAGUUGAUAAAACCAAAUUAGUGCCUUCUUUGAGCCAGUGUUUACAUUAAAAGGAAAAAAAAUGGAAGACAGUAUACAGCCAACCUUUUUCCCACGCGAAGGAAUAUUUUCUUAGCAAACCCUGUACUGGUUCUCCUUGGGUCUUUGAAAAUAGAUUCGUUGGUGAUCAAUUUUGUUUAGUAUUUAGAAAUCAUAAAAUCAACAAAUGUAAUUACUUGAACUUAUUUGCUGGCUUUGACCUCUUGAAGCUCACAAUAUAGAUACUCCUGAAUAGGUCUCUUGAAUAAGCUUGCAUAUUUUGUUUUUCCAAUGUGCUGUGAGUUAGGUCAUGUGAUAAUACUCAAGAGAGCAGUUUCUUUCAAAUUUCGUACUAUUCACCUUCUUAUGUAUGUAUGAUUCAUGAAAGACCUUAAUUGGGAAAACGAAAGAUGCAAGCCCAAGAGGUUUCAGAAAAUUAAGAAUGAUGACCUUCAUUCAGCCACUGUUUUUUUAUUAAUUUGUCGUUGGGAUCAAGUGCUUGAGAAUAAUAUGGUCAACAAUAUGAUUUAUUUAUGAUACCCUAUUUUCAUGUAAAAUGUCAAACUAAUGCUGUAUUUUUAUUGAAGGUAGAAGAACAAGAGACAUUUCAUGAUGGUUUUCAUGAUGAAUUUAUGUGACGACGUGCACGCACCAUUUGCUACAUCAGUGACGACUGCAUGUCUCUCCUUACUGCUUUGUUGUAUUACAGUUCCAGGAAACAUUCUGAUCUGCAUUGCCAUUUUGAAAGAUCCUUAUCAGGAAUUAUCUACCUCAUUCAACUAUUUUGUCCUCCAACUGGCAUUUAGUGACGUCAUUGUCGGGAUUUUCACCGAACCAGCAUUCGUCGUUUGGCAUAUUCGGGAAGCCCUUGGCCACGGUGUCUCAGGAACGAUAUGGAUUGUUCACUUAACAUUUUUCAUCUCUUGUACAGCUUCACUUCUUAGUCUGACAGCUCUAACUCUUGACAGACAUUUAACAAUCGUGACUAUCAGAAGGAAAUUUUCCACUCGUUCAGUGGUUCUUAUCUGUGCGUUAAUAUGGUUUUUAUCUCUGACGAUACCUCUCGUUUAUUUCGCUACUGGGUUUUACUUGUUUGCGUUUAUAUUCGCAAAUACCGCAGUUAUCACCACAUUUGUGAUUGUCACAUUUUCUUACUGUCAGAUUCAUUACAAGCUAAGAGUUCAGGUGUCUCGUUGGCGUUCAUUUUGUCAAGACCGCAUCGUGUCGAAAGCCAUGGCCAUGGAAAAACAACUUACGCGGUCAUUUAGCUUGAUUUUAAUGUGUUUCAUUUUGUGUUUAAUACCAUCGUGUGUCAUGAUAUACAUGAUAAACCUUUGCAAUGAUUGUGACUGUAUACUUAUCCACUGGCUACGGGAUUUACAGUUCCUUCUGACAUUGGUCAACUGCUCGAUGAAUCAGUUUCUUUAUGCUUGGAGGAUGCCCAACUUUCGAAAGGCAGUAGCUGCUAUCGUUUGUGGUAGGUCAAGUGCACCUCAAAGUGACAUACCUUCAACGCCUCUUACACCAACACUAUCGAGCAAUCGGAGUAGCAGAAAUGAAACGCUGACAGAGGAGUUUACGUCAUCAAUAAGGUACAAGAACACUUCGUAUACUAGAGACGAUAUCGAUGAUGCAGCCAAUGGAAACCUUGUGGAACAGCUUGAAAAUUAUAGGUGCAUAACCUAUGUAUAG